UCUUAGAUAGUCACAAUGCGGCUGCUGCUCCUGCUCUGGGCGCUGCUGGCCGGCGAGGGGGCCGGGAUCCCGCCGCACGAGGACGCGGCGCGCGUGGCCCGCUACGUGGUUCACCAGUGCGACUGGGGCGCGCUGGCCACGCUGUCCGCGCGCGAGCCGCUGCGGGGCCGCCCCUUCGCCAACGUCUUCUCGCUGAGCGACGGGCCGCCCGGGCCCCGCGGCAGCGGCGUCCCCUACCUCUACCUCACCGCGCUGGAGGUGUCCGUGCAGGACCUGCAGGUGGAUGCAAAUGCCUCCCUAACAGUGUCUUUGGCACAGACUCCUUAUUGCAAGAAGAGAGGCUAUGAUCCCCAGAAUCCUCUGUGUGCCCACAUUAUCUUCUCUGGGACUGUUGAUAAGGUGAAUGAUACAGAAGCUGUCUUUGCAAAGCUAGCAUUAUUCAGUCGACACCCUGAGAUGGCAAGCUGGCCUCGAGAUCAUAACUGGUUCUUUGCCAAAUUCAACAUCACCAAUAUCUGGGUCCUGGACUACUUUGGUGGACUUAAAACUGUGACUCCACAAGAAUAUUACAAUGUCACACCUUAGUAGAGGAAAAUCCUGGAUAUUAUCGACAUACAAACUAACUUCCUGGCCUUUCGCCAUGCUUUGUUUCAAGGGAGAGUAUCUUCUCAUUCGCUUCUAGAGCUGAGUUAAUAUGGAAAAAAAAAAAUCACAAAUGCGCUCAAUUUUUAAUGAGCUUGCUUUGUGUAUACUCCCACAUAUUUGUAUUCACAUCUCACAAACAUUUGUGUAAUUGAGCUUUACUGGCAAGAAUGAUCACACAAGUGAAUUUGCAAAUCUCACGUGAGUAUUCCUGUUGAGGAAAAUGUGUUAAUCAGGGCAUAGCCAUGGGUGGGCCACACCCAGGCCUACCCAAAUCUGAGCCAGUGUGAAUCCCCUCCCUCCCCUGUUAUAGGGAAUGGAGAAGGAAAUGGAAAGCCUGUUCUUCCCUCCUGUCUCUAGCUUUUCUGGAUUGGCUAGUAACAGCUUCCCUCAACGGGGGGAGGGGUGGGGAGGCUACAAGUAGGGGGAACACAGCUGCCCUGCAGGAUCAUGUAAAGACACUUUAUAGACCCCAGGGAUUGGGGAGGGUGGAGUGCUGUGCACCCAGUGGUGGCAGGGAUCAGAGCCAGAUGGCGUCAGCUACAGAACAGAGAAACAGGCUGCUGCUUCUGCAGUGUGGAGCCCAGCCAAGCUCUCUCAUCAUUGCCCAUCUACCAUAAAUUGGUACCCAGUCAAAUUUCUAUUUCUAGCUGUGCUACUGAUGUUAAUAUGUCUGAGCACGAACAGUUUUAAAAUAUCAAUCUGUAUGGUUUUAAACAACUAUGUCUAAUAAAUAAGGCUAAGGUUUGGUCAUCGGUAUUUAUAGCAAAAGUUAUGGACAAGUCAGGGCCCUGAAUUUUUGUUUAUUGCCUGUGACCUGUCCCUGACUUUUACUAAAAAUACCCCUGAGUAAUUCUUAGCUGCUCCUAGGGUGCUGCUGCUCUUGGGGGACUCGGGGCCAAAGGCUGGCCUCUGCUCUGGCAGUGGGAGCUGACUGCCUCUGGCCACCUGUUGCUCUGAGUCCCCCGGGGACUACUCUCCAAUGGCCUCUGGGGCCAUCCCCGGGGCCGCUGCUCGGAUGGCUUUACGGCCAGCCGCACUGGCCGCUGCAGCUGUGGAGGUCAUGGAAUCAUGACCCCCGUGACAUUCACAGCCUUACUAAUAACUCAGGUUAUGAUUUGUUGUGGAUUGUUUGCAUGCAGAAGAGGGUUAAGUUUAUCUAAAACUACUUGAGUAUUAGCUCAGCUCUACACAUUUCUCUGUCUUGAUUAAAUCAUUUUUGUUUGUGGGCUCUCUAGAAAGAGAGAACUUCUUAAAAUAUCAGUUAUGUUCUGGUCAUAGCCUUUGGGGCAGAGUAAACUGUAACCAGCUACGUUCUGCAGUGUGGCCUGGGGCUGAUGACGUCUAGAAUAUGGAAUGGACUAUUUGCAUCAAGAUGGUGAGUGAAUUGCUGGGAACCUGAAGGCUCCAGGAACCUCGAUUGCACAUUAUUGAUGAGUACAGCUGCAGUCUGAAACACUUCCUGUUUAGGUACUUAUAUAGCUCUCAUCAUUGUAAUGUAGUGAUACUCAGACCUCAGUGGUUCAGGAGCCAAAUUAGCAAUCAACAUUACCCAAAAGAGCCAUAGUAGUGUGAAUUUCUUGUUUCAUUUACCAUUUGUUAUAAUUAUUCUCAUUCUCACAGCAAAAUGAUUGACCAGAUAGUCUACAAUUGGUUAAUAACAUAGUAAAAGCAUCCUGAUUGGUUAUAACUUAGAUUUUAAAUCAUAGUGUUUUAAUAUUGUGCUGAAAAGAGCCACAGGAGAUGCAUUAAAGAACCACUCCUGGCUCCCAAGCCUCAGUCUGAGUAUCACUGCCGUAGUGUGUCUCUUAUGAAAACUAAAUGUAUCUUUCAGGCUCCUGACAAGUUGCUGACAUAGCCUUAAAGUUGGGCAAAGCUUGUGUGCCCUUAAUUCUUUAGAAAUAAGAUGCUAUGAAUAGUGAAAAUGUCUGAUACUUGCGUGUCAGUUACUAAUUCUUCUGCUACUGAAAACUUCAUCAUAUGACUGUUAAAUCCACUCUUCAUUCUGGAAUUCCUCCACUCACUCACUCAUCGCUUACAUAGCAUUUGGCUUGUGAAUUCAGUGUAGGCACUGUGAAAAGGGGGUCCAUUAUUUACUAGUAGCGUAUAACUUCUGAAUCCAUGAAGAAAAGUCUUUUGCUUUAUAAAUCUAAUCAGUUGAUAGGCGAACAACUUUAUAUUCUCCCAACAAUAGAACUAGUUUGCGGGGCAGGUUUUUUUAAAGCAUAUAAGGAACUUUUCAGUGAGGGGGGGGGAGGUUUAUGAAAUGUAAUAUAGCUGUUUCAUCCUUUGAAGUGGUCUUAGUUCACAUUAGUCAAUGAAAACGCUUAUGAAAAACUUAGCUCCUUGCUCUUUAAGUGUCCCUCUGUCAAGUGGGAUUGAGUUACAGAAUUAAACCUCUAUUUGUGUCCUAUCUGAUCUCCCAAGUGCUAAAUUCACAAGAAGUGUCAGAAAGGACCACCUCAGCAGAUUAAUUUGAAUUGAACUCCUAAUGAGGAAGUAUUGUCUGGUGGCUAGAGCAGGGGACUUGAGAAUCAGGAUGUCUUAGUGAGUCAGUAGCAGGCAUGGAAAUAGAACAGUGUGCAUGGUUAAAUUGCGUAACCUCUCUUCUUCGCUAUAGUGUGGCAGUAUUACUAUUUACCAUAUAAAGUGUUGGAAGAUUUGUAAAUCACUUUGAUUAUCUUUGAUAGAUUAUCAGUCUGCUGUAGGUAAACUACUCCCUUCCCUUCUUCGUAAAGGGAAAAUCUAGCCAAGUUACUAAACUUUGAAACACUUUUGGUAAACUAAUUGGGAAGAUAAUUGGGAACUGAAGAAGCUUGCAUUUUGGAAAUGACUCGUGUUGGAUAGAUAAUGCUGACUCUAGAUGCAGAAUCAGCAAAUAAUUUUAUAUUAAUAUAUAUUUUUAAAAAUUGGAGAGCUCUCAAGUGACUCUAAAUUGUCAGAAGGACUUGUUGCAUCCAUUCUAAUGGAAGUCCUUGGAUUCUCUUCUUGUGCUUCUGGAGAGUGACUUAUGAGUCAAUGUAUUUUAUUCUGUAUGAACAACAUCUGGUGCUUGGCAUUUGUAACAAUUAAAAUCUAUUUUUAUGGUAAA